AUGAACGACGCGCCAGUUAUCAGUUCCGAUGUCGACCUCAGUGGUGACCAAGCUUCUUUAAUCGAUGCCGACGCCGAACACCAACCUCUGGGCAACGAAGUCCUUGGGUCUCCGCCGGCUUCUCCUUCUACCCCCGUGUCCAACCAAAUUACUCCGGAGGUGAAAAUAGAUGUUCACUAUGAGGACCAGGAAAGCGACGCGCACAAUGAGCUUUUGCCUAUAGAACCUAUCAACGAUACUCAGGAUGAGACUCCGAAAGAUGUGUUGACUGUAAGUGAAGUUGCUGCCGAACUAGAUUCCGGCUCACUACUCCCGGACACCCCAAUGGAAACUAAUCAUAGUCACGAUGCUACAGCAGUGCCAAUCAAUGACAUCCAUGGGCUCAACGGCGUCAAUGGUGUCAAUGGUGUUAACGGCGUUCAUGUUGAUUCCGAUAUAAUUAUGGAAGAGCACACCCCUGCAACAACUCCUGGUGUUUCAGGAGGUUCUUUUAGUGGCACCAAUGGCUCUACAGCUCAUACAACACCGAAUGAUAUACUAGAUGACGACGAUGACAAGCCUCCACCAGCAAAGAGGGCUCGGGUACACUCUGAUGCUGACCAGGCGUCAAUUGCCCAUUCUGCAACUCCACCACCACCUUCAGCUACCACCUUGGCGACGCCUGUUCCUCCCCCAUCCGCAAGCCACGAUCCUUCUGCCCCAGUUACUAGCACUGGCUCGUCCACACUCACGGUAGGACAAUAUCGGUUCUGCCAAUCAACCAUUCGAUCCUUGAAAAAACUGAAGGAUGCAUCGCCCUUCCUUCGUCCUGUUGAUCCCGUUGCUUUAAACAUUCCACAUUAUCCUUCUAUCAUCAAAAAUCCUAUGGAUUUUUCCACAAUUGAACGUAAACUUACUGCAUCGAAUCCCGUCAAACCCGAUCCCAAUUCUCUCAAUCCUCGCUAUCGUACUGCUGAAGAGUUUGUUGCGGAUAUUCGACUGAUCAUUUCAAACUGCGUGACGUUUAACGGGCCCGAUCAUGUCAUAACUGCAAUGAGCCGACGAGUAGAAGAGGUAUUUGACAAACAAGUGAAGAACAUGCCAACUGUCGAUGCUCCGGUUGUCAAGAAACAGUCCCCACCGCCGCCACCGCCUCAGAGGCCUGUCGCUGUUGCCCCGCCUCCAGUUUCCACUCCCGCCCUCGUAAAGAAGGCGCCUCCCGUUCGGCGGCCCUCUACUUCAUUACCUACCAUUCGACGUAACGAGGCGCAGGAGGUUAUUGGUCGUCCAAAGCGAGAAAUUCAUCCUCCUGCCCCAAAAGACCUCCCUUAUGCUGAUGCUCCUAAGAAGCAACGCAAGGUCAAACAUGUUAAGGACAGCGCAGGAUCAGUUGAGCAGCUAAAGUAUUGCUCCAAAAUACUUAGUGAUCUGCAUAAAAAACAGUACUAUACCAUUGCAAAUCCAUUUUAUCAGCCAGUCGACUGGAUGAAACUUGAAAUCCCUUCAUAUCCCAAAAUCAUCAAACGGCCGAUGGACAUGUCGACAAUGCGGAGGAAGCUAGAUGCCCAUGAAUAUCGUACUGCUUCCAGCUUUUGGGACGAUUUCAAGCUUAUGAUCCGAAACUGCUUCACUUUCAACCCUGCUGGCACACCCGUAAACCAAGCAGGCCAGGAGCUGCAACGCGUCUUUGAUGAGAAGUGGAAGAACCUCCCCCCUGAGCCUAUGAGUGAAGACGAGGAGGAAGAGGAGGAAGAAGACAGCGAGGAAGAACGUGCCCGUACUAUCGCUAUGAUGGAGAGUCAAAUCGAAACCAUUCGUGGCACUAUCUCGCAGCUGAAGAGCAAACCAAAGGACAAGAAGAAAAAGGUGAAACAGGAGAAAGCGCCUGUUCCCUCCACGUCCAAAGUUUCUCACCCGAAGCCGCCGAAACAGCCGACGACGUCCAAGAAAAAGGGUAAAAAGGCGGUCACGGAUGAUGAUGUUCUUUCCUUUGAACAGAAGAAGGAGUUGAGCGAUACAAUUGACAAGAAGCUCGAUCCGGCCAAACUAGAGAGAGUCAUCCAGAUAAUUCACGAAGGUGUUCCAGAAAUUCGCGAUAGUACGGAAGAGAUCGAACUCGAGAUCGAUAUGUUGCCCACAGCAGUACUCACCCGACUUUACAAUGUUGUCGUCAGGCCUUUAAAGGCGGCCCCUCCAAAGCGAAAUCGUCCGGGAAAGGGUACUGGCACUGGGGGUUUGAAGCGCAAAAGUAUGGACGAAGAAGUCGAGGCCGAGAAGAUUCGACAACUCGAGCAGCGUAUGAGACUGUUCGACCAAGGAGCCAACGGUGCCGCACCUUCUGGAGCUCAUGCACACGACAGCGAUCGUUCGUCGGACUCUAGCUCAGAUGAUAGCUCAGGAAGUGAUUCCGAGUAA